AUGUCCGUCACAACUGCUCUCCAGGGCCGCCUGAAAGAGCUAUCGGCGACCCUCGGACAGAUCCAGCCUCUGGUUAGCCGGCUACGUGGCUUUACGACCUCCAUCGGACAGGGCGACGAGGCACGUGUGGAGCUCGGCGCUGAGAUUCAUGCCCGGUUGAAGGAAACCGAAGAAGAGCUGGAGCUUCUCCGGGUGGAAGUUGAAGGACUUGAAACAGGCUCCGAUACCAGGAAAAAGGCGUCGGCAGCUCAUGGCGAGAAAGAAGUAGAGCGAGAGCGGGUGGUCGCCAUGGCGGGGAGGUUGGCGGACGAUCUUAAAAGGACGCGUGGUGAUUUCCGAAAUGCCCAGCUGCAAGCAAAGCGCAAUGCCGAACUGGCCAAGCGCAAAGAGAGAGAGCUGCUGCUGUCGAGAUCUCAAUCCUCGGAGAACCAGCGAAAGCCGUCGGAGAAACUUACGCAAGAUGACUUGGCAUUGAAUGCGUCGAAUGACGUUACGGCCGCUUUGCGCAGAACCCACCAGCUGAUGCAGACGGAGCUCUCCCGCAGUCAGUUCGCGCAGGAGACCCUCGAACAAUCCACUGCCGCAAUCUCUUCCUUAUCCGACUCCUACAGUAGCCUCGACACACUUCUUUCCUCAUCCCGCAGCCUCGCCAACUCGCUUCUCCGCUCCCAGAAAUCCGACACAUGGUAUCUUGAAACGGCUUUCUACAUUCUGAUUGGGACCAUCACAUGGCUUCUCUUCCGCCGUAUCCUCUAUGGGCCUAUGUGGUGGCUCGUCUGGCUGCCCGUCAAACUGGCCAGUCGAUUUGUAUUUGCCGUGUUGGGGGCAGUUGGGCUCUCCAGUACUGCUGUGGAGUCCCAAUCCCACGCAGCCGGGAGUGACCUCUCCAUGGCUAUACAUCAGACUGCUACAGCGGCCAGCGAAAGCGUAACAGCAAGUGGUACUACCUGGGAUGAACCAUCAACGGAAUCCGAGAGUGAUCGAGUGAUCGACCAGAUUGGAAAGAUGGCCGAGGACAAUGGCAAGCAAGAAGGGACCAAUAUCGACGAUAUCACCCCCGAGGAAAAAAUGAGGCAAGAUGAGAUCCCACGCAAUCCGAAGAAGAGGAUUGCGACGCGUGUCACGUGGAGACGCGUCUCUGCACCACCGGUGAUUCCCGAGUUGUAUCUGCCCACUCGCAGACCCUCGAGCAACCACCCGUCUGAAGACACCUUGAAACUGCCCAACCUGGGCCCAGAGACACCAAUGGCUUCUACUUUCUUCAAUAACAAGGCCCGCGCCGCUGCGGCUGCGGCGUCCAGCAGUUCCAAACCCAAGGCCGGCGAGAACAAGGAAGAAACGACUCGGUUGCAACCCUGGGUCGAGAAAUAUCGGCCAAAGACCUUGGACGAUGUGGCGGCGCAGGAUCACACGACGAAAGUCCUGCAGCGUACCUUGCAAGCAUCGAACCUCCCCCACAUGCUUUUCUAUGGCCCCCCUGGCACUGGUAAAACAUCCACGAUCCUCGCCCUCGCCAAAUCGCUCUUCGGCCCUGCCCUGUACCGCUCCCGAAUCCUCGAACUGAACGCCUCCGAUGAGCGCGGCAUCGGCAUCGUACGUGACAAAGUCAAAAACUUUGCACGGGCGCAGCUGUCACAGGCAACGGGGCUGGACGCUGCGUACCGCGCGCAGUACCCAUGUCCUUCCUUCAAGAUUAUCAUUCUUGACGAGGCAGACAGCAUGACGCAGGAUGCGCAAUCGGCGCUGCGCCGCACGAUGGAACAGUACAGUCGCAUCACGCGCUUCUGUCUCGUGUGCAACUACGUCACGCGCAUCAUCGAGCCGCUGGCCAGUCGGUGCAGCAAGUUCCGGUUCAAGUCGCUGGAUAAUUCGGCAGCCGGCGUGCGCUUGGAGGAGAUUGCUCGCGCAGAGAAUCUCCGGUUGGAAGAUGGGGUCGUUGAUACCUUGAUUCGCUGUGGUGAGGGUGACCUGCGUCGCGCUAUCACGUAUCUGCAGAGUGCGGCUCGCUUGGCUGGUGUUGCUGGGCUGCCCGGUAAGAAGGAUGGCGAUGACGAUGCGGAAAUGACUGAUGCUGGUGCCCCUGAGGCAAGUUCCAUUACCGUCCGCACGAUUGAGGAGAUUGCUGGUGUCGUCCCUGAAAGUGUCCUGGACCAGCUCGUGCAGGCCAUGCAGCCCACGAACGCCGGGUCGGCGUACAAGGCCGUCUCGACGGUUAUUACGGAUCUGGUGGCGGACGGGUGGAGUGCCACCCAGGUUAUUGGACAGUUAUACCGCCGCAUGGUUUUCAAUGAAGCGGUUCCGGAUUUGCAAAAGAAUAAGAUUGUCAUGUUGUUCUCAGAGAUGGACAAGCGGCUGGUUGAUGGCGCAGACGAGCACCUAUCCAUCCUGGACCUGACGCUACGCAUUGCGGGGAUUUUGCGCGGGGCAUGA